AUGAUUCAUAUCUCAUCGACCCCAUUUAUUUGUCAAUUUGAAUCUUGUAAUUUAGUAUGGAAGAGUCAGAAAGAACUUUUAUGGCACCAACAAAAUGCCCACAUACCACAAAUUAAAAAAAAGUAUGAUAUGGAGAUGAGUUUAGCUGAUACUAUGCAAAAAAGAACAGAAGUUUACACAAAAACAAAAUUAAAAACACUACUCGUAUACCCAUUAAAUUUUCAUUUUGACACCCCUCCAACACCUAUUGAAUAUGUAAAAUAUAAUCUUAACUUUAAUAUUUAUACAAAAAAUAUUGUACUUCAAAAUGAGAAUCAUUCAUCUCAAGCAAGGACAUCUAGUAAUCAUGCUCAAGUACAAAAAGCAAUGCAAUUAGCAAUACAAGCUGGGCAGGAGAAUGGAGAUAAUAGUGAUUUUGAUGGAAAAUAUAAUGGUGUAGAUCCAUCUUGGUUAAAACCAGUAGAAGACAGAAAAUAUAGAUGUACUGUUGAAGGAUGUAAUAAAAAGUAUAAAAAUAUGCCUGGAUAUAGACAACAUAUGCGGACUGCACAUGGAGAAACAAUGACUAAACCACCUAAUACUCCAUUGGCAGAUGAUAGUUCUCUUGAUUCCUCUUAUUUUGAAGAACAAAUAGGUCAAAGUGGUUCAAUGGAAUUAAAAAAAGGUCCAGAAAUAAUUAGAGAUAAAGUAUAUAAGUGUAGAGAAUGUAAUAAAACUUAUAAAACUGCUCAAGGUUUACAUACUCAUAUACAUGCUAAUCAUUCAAAAACUUCUCCAAAAUUUAAUGAAAAAUAUGUGCAAUCACGAAUCGCCAUGGAUCCUAUGGCAAGAGAAGAUAGUCCAGUGGUGAUUCCACAAUUUGGUGGACCAACACCUCCAAAACAGUCUAAAAUUAUACAACGAUCUCAAGUUGGGUCAGGAUUUAAUGGUCAAAUGACAAUUUCAAAUCCCUCACCUAAAAAUUUGUAUGUGGCUAAACCGACACCCCUUAGUCCUUCAUCACGUAGUGAGACUCAUAAACCACUGCCACAACUUAAUUCAGUUCUUUUAAAUUCGCCAUCUUCUAUUGUUGUACCUUCACCAGUUCCACAAAGACCAUCGACUAUGGGUAUGAAUAUUGUAAACAAAAACCCUACAUACCAAGCGUCAUCAAAUUCAUUAUCUGUAGUACAAAGUCCAGUUAUAUCCCCAAGUCAAAAGAACUUAUCUCAAACAAAUGUAAAUACAUCACCUACAAAUCAAACUACAUUGUCGUCUUCAACUACAGAAUAG